CGCUCAGAUGCGGCAUUCACAGAAAAACACGGUCAGUCGGGGCGUCCAUCAUACACACACCCAUCCCGGACAGACUAUGAACAGGACAGCAGCCAGACAGUAACGGCCGCAUCGGAUCAAACACAUGCCCUCAUGAAUGACCGCAGCAGCUCUUGUCAGCUCAACUGCCACAUUCACUCUACAAAUCAUGUCUGUCGCUACGCUACUUGGGUCUGCCCUGCUGCCCUAAAGUGCGUCUCCAGCUUCGUCAUGGCCUCACCCCAGUCCGCAUCGGUCGGCGGGUCGCCCUUGGAGUUGAUGAUCGAAAAAUCGAUACUCACACCAUCCAGUGCUGGGCAGAGGAGAGCCUGACAAUGCAACCCAACCCGACACAGAGCAGAUAGAUGGGUCUGUCGGUCGGUCGCUUCUUUGAUGGGGGGAUCGGUAUACCUGCACGAUGGCCUCAGCGACGGAUACGCGCAGGCAGUCUCCUGCCAUCUGGUCGCCCGGGGCUAUCUCCACUCUCUGCUUGUCGCCGCCUGCCGUUCAUUCACACACGAAACGACGAAUGGAUGGAGCCAUCAUUCAAUUGCAUACACCUGUUUGUUUGUGUGUGUGCCGACCUUCAAUCUUGAGCAGUGUCGCCACGUCCGGGUUUGUAUACGGACCACCAAUCAGCCUCCCUGGCCUGAUGCGACAGACACACCACAGCAGCCAGGCAUCGCUCGCCAAGACUUUUGCAAGCAAGCGCCAUCGUCCCUCUGCUCACCUGACGAUGACAUAAUCGUAGCCGCACUCCUUUGACGCCGACAUGACAGCCUCCUCUCCCGAUUUCUUCGCAUCCAAUACCCCGAAAAGAUUGAGGAUGGAGAAGGGCAGCUGUCCAGGACGACGCACGCCGAUCGACGUUGGCAGAGCGAAUUUCUUGAGGCCGCCCUGCUUCCUCAGUUGUUCCACUACUGCUCUGGUUCCCUCCUCAUCGAUCGCCUUGGGAGUGUUGCCUCCCUUCCACUUGCCUGUGCACAAACACCGACAUAGCACAACCAUGGCCUGCUGUGUAUCUCUUUGCGCAUGUGGUGUUACCUGUCGGGAAAGCGGUUGUGCCGGUGCACACGACGACUGCACUGGCGUCUGCAAGCGCACUCGGUAGACUUGAUGGGUCUCUCACAUCGCCCCUUGCCACUUCAACGCCCUGCGCUGCGAGUGCUUCGAGCGGCCCCCCAGGCCCGCUGGCUCUCUCAGGGCUCCUGGACAAGGCGCGCACCUGAUGAAGCAGAAGCAACAGACCUGCGUGUUGUUAUAUGCAUAGAUCUGCAGGACGUUGUCGGUCCCUGACCUUACUUUGAAUCGGCCAAGUUGUGCAAGACGCUGCGUGACCAGCUGCCCAACACCUCCCGUGGCACCUGCGAUGGAAAAGCACACAGAUCUUCUUCCCACCAACCUGUCUUCUCGUGCUUUGCUUACCUGCAACCACAAUGGUAUCACCAUCGCUUAGCGCGGCCAUCUUGACAUUUUGCCGUAGUGCUGGUUCUCGGGACGUCCUGCUGACCUGCCGCAAGGGUUGUAAUGCAGCAAAGGCAGUGUCUGCAAAGGGCGCAGCAAGGUGGAUGGCUGACGAUGAUGAACAAAUCAACAUUAGCGCCAGGAUAUGGUGCCAGUGCAUCAGAGGGUGCAUUGGGGCGUCCUUUCCUCUCGUUCCC